AUGGGGGAGAAAAGUUGGGCAAAUGUGCGUGCGUUAAGGGCGGUGUUGGUUCUUUUCGAAAGUGUGUCAAGUUUAAAGGUGAAUUUUCAUAAAAGUAUGCUGUCUGGUAUUAAUAUUAGCGACUCUUGGUUGGGGGCAGCAACUACUGCUUUGAAUUGUAGAGUGGGGAGGGUGCCUUUUACGUAUCUGGGUCUUCCUGUUGGAGGGGAUUCUAGGAGGUUGGCCUUUUGGGAUCCAGUUGUUGCUCGUAUUGCGAAUAAAUUGUCGGUGUGGAAGAGUAGAUUUUUUUCAUUUGGUGGCCGUCUGAUUCUCAUAAAGUAUGCCCUGUCCUCUCUUCCUGUUUAUGCACUUUCCUUCUUCAGAGCUCCCACAAAUGGUGUGGCGUUGUCAGUGAGGUUCAGUCGCUUGUAUGACUUAAGUGUCAAUAAACAUUGUACGGUGGAGGAGAUGGCUACAUUGGGUUGGGAGGAAGGGGGAGAUGCGUGGAAGUGGAGAAGGCGUUUGUGGUAUUGGGAGGAGGUGAUGGUUGGCGAGUGUAGUCUGUUGUUGUCUAAUGUUGUUUUGCAGGUUUCAAUUUCCGAUAGAUGGCGGUGGUGCCAUGAUAUUUCAGGGUGUUAUUCUGUCAGAACAGCUUAUAAUGUGCUUACUUCGGAUGUCAGUAGUAUAGACAUUGCGGCAUCAGAUUUGAUUUGGCACAGACAUGUUCCGUUAAAGGUGUAUAUCCUUGCUUGGUGCCUCCUUUGCAACCGGCUGCCAGCAAAGGCAAAUUUGAUGGCUAGAGGAAUUCUUGUUCAGGAUGCGCAAUUGUGUGUCUCUGGAUGUGGGGAAGUGGAGACUGCUCAACAUUUAUUUGUCUGUUGCCCCAUUUUUGGAGAAUUAUGGUUUCAUGUUCGACAUUGGAUUGGGGUCUCUAAGGUGGAUCCGUAUGAUAUUUCUGAUCAUUUUUUGCAGUUCACUUACUUGUCAGGUGGGGCGGUAUCUAAACGCUCUUUUAUGCAACUUUUGUGGCUUGUGUGUUUGGGUGUUGUGAUUUGA